CGAAGUGUUAUGUUUUUUACUACUAGAAGCCACAAAAUUAAGCUUAGCUCAAUCGUAAUCCAAAGCCAUGAAAUACAAUGAGAUAUCUCACUUCAGCCACCCCCAACACAAGCUCAAGUUUGAGUACUCAGAAAUCCCGUUCAAGUGUGAUGGUUGCAAGGAGGUCGGCAUAGGCUCGCGCUACAAGUGCGCGACGUGUGACUUCGACCUCCAUAUGCACUGUGCCAUACCUACCCCUUCCAUCUUCCACCCUUUCUAUACCAAGUGCUCCUUCCAGUUCCUCUCGAGGUCACCCGGAGACAACCCUCGCUUUUGCAAUGCGUGUGAGAAGGAUAUAACCGGGUUCGUGUACCAUUGCAAGUCAUGUGGGUUCGACCUUCACCCAUGUUGCGCAAAGCUCCCCAUGGUGCUGGACGACGGGGAGGUCAAGCUCUAUCUGUAUAGAAAAGUGAGUAGCUCUUGCCAUAGGUGCGGGCGUAAAGGACGGAGUUGGAGCUAUAGGUCAAAAUGUAAGAAAUAUAAUUUGCAUGUGGCGUGUGUGAAGGAAAUGCUUGUGGAAACUUGGCAUGAGUUUUUAGGGUCGCAUGGGAAUAAAGGUACUAGCAGUAGAAAAUUGGAGAUGACUAGAAUUCCUAGCCUUAAGAAUACACUUCAGAAUCAUCACCGUAGGAGCAAAGGUAAGGUGAAGAAGUGUUGUGAGAUAGCUGGAUUGGCUGUGCAAUUUGUGAUAUCAGCAGUAUUAGGCGAUCCAACGACUCUGAUUGCUGGGGUUAUUGGGAAUUUCAUGUCACGAGCUUGAUGUGUGGUUGAUGAUGGGGUAUUUGGCUUCUGGUGUUAUAUGAUGGUUGCAACCGUUGUAGUGUCAAUAAAUUAAUUACCUAACAGCCAAGGGCGAAAUCUGUAAAUAGCCCUACUUUGUAUUUUAUUUUAAUAAAACUUGUAAUUUACAGAUGA